AUGGAUGACAGGGUUGCAUUGACGGUUCAUAUUACUGUUCUACAGGAAGAAUCCCAACCCACGUCAACCCCCGAAGAUGGGCUGCGUCACCGGCGAGCCCUAAUCGAGAAAUGGGCCACUGCCAGCCAGGAGUUUCGCGAGUCUUACUGUGGUCGUGCCGCAGACCAUAUCUCAGCUCUCGACUACCCGCCCAUAGUACUCUCGCAGCUCACCCCAAGACCCAACAAACGCUUCUUAUGUCUGCCAUCUGUGGACCGGCAGACCCAUUACCGUAACUAUAUCUAUCUCGUCAAGUUCCUAAUACUGCUGUACGUCCAUCAAGACGAAUGGACUGGGCCGCACCCCUUCGACCUACAUGGGGCAGGCGACGCCCCCAACUGCCACAUUCCGGAGUUGCUUGGCUCUAGCUCCCCGGCCGCUGCGCCUACCACGCCCACCACGCUUAGUGAGGUACUCCCCGCACUGUACCUCCACACGGCCGAUUUUCACGCCCUCUCUAUGACCCGGGAUGGCACGGUAGUGUUCGCCGACGGACCGGGCCUCACCUGGUUCGUGAUUGAUACUCCUGGGCUGACCACGGGACGCCUCACCCUGGCCGAGUUUGGCUCCAACGGCUGCAUCCGCGUCUCCACUCUCCGUCGACCGUGGAACAUGGGCCAAACUAUGUCUUUCGAGCAGAUGCUGGAAUCAACCCGACGGGCCAACAAAUUCCUCUACCAGGGCUAUGGAUCUCGGGACCUGUGGGUCCGCAUCAUCGAGCAGAGUGCGCCCGGAUACUUGGAGCUAGAGGCCCAAGGGAGGGAGGUAGAAUUCGAGCUGGAUGAUCUCCUAGUAAUUGAUCCUUGA